UUCCUAUCGGGAGGACAGGGACCAAGGGAAUCAAUUAGAUGAUAUAUGUUGGCAACUUGGCACCUAUGAUCCCCUGCGGUACCUAUGACUAAUGUAAGAUUGCAGCAUUUGCAGUUGCACUUGCAGCAUGCUGGCUAGUGUGAGAUUGCUGUAUUUGCACUGUGCACUUCCACCUGCACGCCCCCUCAGUUAUGAUUACAGGUGCCGCCGCUCCGUCCCUCUUUCCCUCGCUGCUUUCAAUCGUAAAGGGAAAGGAGUGGGGCUUCCAGUUGGGAAGAAGAAGAAGAAGAAGAAGAAGAAUGGAGAGGAAGAAGAGGGUAAGGUGGAAUGCAAAGUGGAGGUGAUUUCGUGGAGAGAGAGACGGGUGAGCGCAGCGGUGGUGAUCGAGGUGGAGGAGCAGAGUGUGUGGGAGGUGCUCACGGACUAUGAAAGGCUGGCGGAGUUCAUUCCAAACCUGGUGUUAAGUGAGGUAAUACAAGGCGGGGAAGAAGGGAGAGUACGGUUGAGGCAGAGAGGAAUGCAGCGCAACAUGUAUUGGCAUAUCGAAGCUCAAGUUGUCUUAGACCUCCAAGAAUUUCCCCAUUUGGAAAAUGGGAAAGAAUUACACUUUUCUAUGGUUGAAGGGGACUUUAAGCAAUAUGAAGGAAAGUGGUAUUUGAGACCUGGUCCAAGGUAA